AUGCCUCCUCUUUCGAAGGGUGUUGUUAAGAAAAAGGGCGUGGGUGUAGCUAAGAAGAAUGGUUUGGACAAGAAAAAGAGUGUGGUUGAGAAAAGGUCAAAACCCAAAUCUCUUAGAGCUGAUGAGAAAAAGAAGGAUGCCUACAAAAGAAAAGCUCCUGAUAACACUUGGAAGCCCCCACGAUAUGAGCCUCCUCUUAUCCAAGAGAAUCAUGCUCAUGACCCUUGGAGGGUGUUGGCUAUAUGCAUGCUGCUAAAUUGUACCACUGGAAAGCAGGUUAAAGGAGUUAUUUCAAAUUUUUUUGAUCUGUGUCCGGAUGCACAAACAUGCAUUCAAGUUCCUUCUAAUGUAUUAGAAAAGGAAAUUAGAAGUCUAGGUUUGCAACACAAAAGGACAGAACAGUUAAAACGCUUUUCUCGAGAGUAUUUAGGAGAAAAUUGGACGCAUGUGCCCCAACUACAUGGUGUUGGCAGGUAUGCAGCUGAUGCAUAUGCGAUAUUUUGUACUGGGUUGUGGAAUGAUGUGGAGCCGAAGGAUCAUAUGCUAACUCGUUAUUGGGAGUUUCUUCAUGGAACCAGAGGCAAUUGAUGGAGUGCUUUGUU